AUUAACACUCAAUAUUCCAACUUGAUGUUUCGAUUCAAAUUUCUCCAAGCAACUCUUCUCUUCCUAUAAAACAAUAGAGGCUGGGCGACAGUAGCUUCCAACAAACAGAUAAUCUCAAAACCAUGAGCACUUUCGCUCUCGCUUUGAUUCUUUUCGUCACCAUUUCGAGCUCACGAGUAUCAGCAUCAUCUACUGACAAUUUUCUUGAAUGUCUGCACAAAGAAUUCAACAACUACUCUUCCAUCUCCAACAACGUCUACACCCCUAUCAACGCUUCUUACUCUUCCACCUUGCGAUAUUCCAUCCAUAAUCUGAGAUUCGCGUCGGAUUCCACUCCAAAACCCUCCGUAAUCGUCACCCCAGAACACGAAUCCCAGAUCCCGCCGCUCCUCUGCUGCGCCAAACUGAGCGGCCUGCAGAUCAGAACUCGAAGCGGCGGACAUGACUACGAAGGGCUGUCGUCUUACGCAUCACAAGUCCCGUUUCUGAUCCUCGAUUUGAUCAAUCUCAGGGAGAUAACAAUCGACGUCGAGCACAAAACUGCUUGGGUUGGCGGCGGCGCUAUCAUCGGCGAGCUGUAUUACAAGAUCGCCGAGAAAAGUCCGGUGCUAGGCUUUCCCGCCGGAAUCGGCCCUGCCGUGGGCGUUGGCGGGCACUUCAGCGGAGGAGGCUACGGCACAAUGCACCGAAAAUAUGGCCUCUCAGCAGAUAAUAUCAUCGAUGCAAGGAUUGUGGACGCUCAAGGCAGAAUCCUCGACAGAGAAUCAAUGGGCGAAGAUCUGUUUUGGGCCAUCAGAGGCGGCGGAGGCGCCAGCUUCGGAGUGAUCGUUGCUUGGAAGGUGAAGCUAGUAGAUGUGCCGGAAAGAGUCACCGUUUUCAAAGUGAACAGAGUGUUAGAACAGAACGCGACUCAGAUCAUUCACCGCUGGCAGAGCAUAGCUCCUCAACUGGACAAGGAUUUGUUCAUCGGGAUCAUGUUGUAUCGCACCAACUCCAGCAGCGGCAUGACCAUAAAUGCUAAUUUCUACUCUUUAUUUCUGGGUGGGGUCGACAGAUUGCUGUCGAUCACGCGAGAAAGCUUCCCUGAGUUAGGGUUAGUGAAGGAAGACUGCGCAGAAGUGAGCUGGAUUCAAUCCGCGGUGUAUAUGGCUGGUUAUUCCCUUCAAACUUCGCCCCAGGUUCUGCUCAACAGAAUUCAGGCCAAAGGGUAUUGGAAAGGGAAGUCGAAUUACGUGCAGGAACCCGUUCCCGAGUCCGGCUUGGAAGGCGUAUGGAAGCUGUUAUUUGAAGCAGAGGCCGAGUUCGUGCUGGUGGCGAUGAAUGCGUACGGUGGAAGAAUGGCGGAGAUUCCUGAAUCCGCCAUUCCGUUCCCUCACAGGGCUGGAAACUUGUACAAGUUGCUGCUCAUGGUGUUGUGGCGAGCAGAACACAAUCAAGAUUCGGAUAAGUAUAUAAGGUGGAGUAGGGAGUUUGACGAUUACUUGACUCCUUAUGUUUCGAGGAAUCCGAGGGCAGCGUAUCUCAACUACAGAGAUCUCGACCUCGGAGUCAAUAAAGUUCAUGGCAGAACCAGUUACUCACGAGCCAUUAUUUGGGGCAAGAGGUAUUUCAAGGGCAAUUUCGAUCGUCUUGUUCGGAUUAAAUCCGUUGUUGAUCCUAGGAAUUUCUUCAAGAACGAACAGAGCAUUCCACCAGCGCACUCCAAGUUUGGCUGAUGGGGAGAAAGUUUUCACUAAUGUUUGCAUAAUGUUUAUGUUAUUGCAGUCGUUGUUUAAUUUGAGCCCAUUAGGAAUGUGCAACUUUUUAAAUAAACCCUAAAUCUGAACACUAAACCCUAAUAGAAAUAUUUACUUUUAAUAAGCAUAAGAUAUAUACAUUUGGUCGCACAAAUGUAUACUUAAUAUAAAUGUUUACCUUCGUUCAAUAUAAAACAUUAUACAUAUCAAUAA